UCCAGCGGGGUCUUGUAGCUAGAGCCGCGGUGCAUUGUGGGGCCGUGUGUUUGACGGUGAAGUGAAGAUGGCGGUGUAUCUCCGGCAGCGCAGAGAGCCUGCUGUAGCGAGGCCCUGAAUGAAGUUACCAAUAAAACACUACCAGUCUCCGUCCGUUCACACUCUGCUGCUGAAGUGGUGACCGACCCGUGGAAGUACUUGCUAGAUUCACAGGGAGCAACAGAAUAACCAAACAACUGAGGAGAAAGUCUCGUAUGAAUCCCGACGAGGAGGAGGACUGUGAGUGUGCGCCACCACAGGCCGAGAGAAGCCCGGCAGGAGGACCACAGAGAGAAUACGAGGAGCCUGAAAUAGAAAACCCAGAAGCAAGCCGAAUGAAGCGAGCAGCUGCCAAACAUCUAAUAGAGCGCUAUUACCACCAGUUAACAGAGGGCUGUGGGAAUGAGUCCUGCUCCAACUCAUGGUGUGCCUCCUCGGUCGGCUUCAACCGCAUGGAUAACAACGCAGCGGCGGUCAAAGCCUUGGAGCUCUACAAGGUCAACGCUAAGCUAUGUGACCCCCACCCCUCAAAGAAAGUCACUGCCUCAGGCUACCUGGAGAGCAGCGCUCACAGCAACUCAGCCUGCAGCAACAGGAAGUUGAACCAUAAAGAUGUCCACUCUGUACGGGACAAUUUCAAAGAUGUAAAUUACCUGACGGAGGAGAAGGUGUAUGAGAUCUUGGACAUCUGUGGAGGGAAGGAAGAUUACUCGCCUCUGAUCAGAGUAAUAGGUAGGGUGUUCUCCAGCGCUGAGGGCCUGGUGCAGAGCUUCCGGAGGUCCAAACCUCACACUAAGGAGGAGCUCAAGUCCCUCCAAGGUAAGGAUGAGGACAAGGAUGAGGAUGAGAAGGAGGCCGCCGCCUGUUCUGCUACAGCUAUGGAGGAGGACUCCCCCGCCUCCUCUUCAUCAUCAAGGCUAGGAGAGGGAUCCUCGGGGGAAAAUGAUGUCCAAAAGCUGGCCCCUGAUGAGGUGUCGGUGGACAUUGACGCCGUGCGGCGGGUCUACGAGCGCCUGCUGUCCAAUGAGAAGAUAGAAGCCGCCUUCCUGAAUGCGCUGGUCUACCUCUCGCCCAACGUAGAGUGCGAUCUGACGUACCACAAUGUGUAUUCACGAGACCCAAAUUACCUGAACCUGUUUGUUAUAGUGAUGGAAAACAGCAACCUCCACAGCCCAGAGUACCUGGAGAUCGCCCUCCCACAGUUCUGCAAGGCCAUGAGCAAACUCCCACUGCCAGCUCAGGCAAAGCUGGCACGCUUGUGGUCGCACUACAGCGCAGAGCAGAUUCGGCGCAUGGUGGAGACCUUCCAACAGCUCAUAACCUACAAGGUGAUCAGUAACGAGUUCAACAGCCGCAACCUGGUCAACGAUGAUGACGCAGUGGUGGCGUCCACCAAGUGUUUGAAGAUCGUCUACUAUGCAAACGUGCUGGGUGGCGACCUCGACAUGGAGCACAACGAGGAAGAGGACGAGGAGCCCAUCCCAGAGUCGAGCGAGCUCACCCUGCAGGAGCUGCUGGGCGAGGAACGGCGGAACAAGAAGGGCCCUCGGGUGGACCCGGUGGAGACGGAGUUGGGGAUCCGCACCAACGACUGCCGACGGCCGCUCAUUGCCUUUGAGGAGUUUGUCAAUGAGCCUCUAAACGAGGUACUGGAGAUGGACAAGGACUACACUUUCUUUAAGGUUGAAACUGAAAACAAGUUCUCCUUUAUGACCUGCCCCUUCAUCCUGAAUGCUGUCACCAAGAACCUGGGUCUGUACUACGACAACCGCAUCCGCAUGUACAGCGAGCGGCGUAUUACUGUGCUCUACAGUUUGGUGCAGGGUCAACAGCUCAAUCCCUACCUGAGGCUCAAAGUGCGGCGAGACCACAUCAUCGACGACGCUCUGGUCAGGCUGGAAAUGAUAGCGAUGGAGAAUCCUGCAGACUUGAAGAAGCAGCUGUAUGUUGAGUUUGAAGGAGAGCAAGGUGUUGAUGAAGGAGGUGUUUCCAAAGAAUUCUUCCAGCUGGUGGUGGAGGAGAUCUUCAACCCAGAUAUUGGCAUGUUCACAUAUGAUGAGCGCACCAAAAUGUUUUGGUUCAACCCGUCAUCAUUGGAAAACGAGGGCCAGUACACUCUGAUCGGCAUCGUUCUCGGUCUGGCCAUCUAUAACAACUGUAUUCUGGACGUCCACUUUCCUAUGGUGGUCUACAGGAAGCUGAUGGGCAAGAAAGGAACUUUCAGGGACUUGGCUGACGCCAACCCGGUUCUAUACCAGAGUCUGAAGGAGCUGCUGGAGUACGAGGGCAGCGUGGAGGAGGACAUGAUGAUCACUUUCCAGAUCUCCCAGACGGACCUGUUUGGGAACCCACUCAUGUAUGAUUUAAGGGAAAAUGGGGACAAGAUUCCAGUCACAAAUGAAAACAGAAAGGAGUUUGUGGCUCAGUAUGCGGAGUACAUGCUGAACAAAAGUGUGGAGAAGCAGUUCAAAGCUUUCAGGAGAGGCUUCCACAUGGUCACCAACGAGUCUCCGCUUAAAUACCUGUUCAGACCCGAGGAAAUCGAGCUCCUGAUCUGUGGAAGCAGGAACCUGGACUUUCUAGCACUUGAAGAAACAACAGAAUACGAUGGAGGGUACAACAGAGAUUCUCGAAUCAUCAAGGAGUUUUGGGAGACGUUGCACUCGUUUGGUGAGGAGCAGAAGCGCCUCUUCCUGCAGUUCACCACCGGCACUGACAGAGCACCCGUGGGUGGGCUGGGCAAGCUGAAGAUGAUCAUUGCCAAGAACGGCCCUGACACCGACAGGUUACCGACGUCUCACACUUGCUUUAAUGUGCUGCUGCUGCCUGAGUACAACAACAGGGAGAAGCUGAAGGAGAGACUGCUGAAAGCCAUCACUUAUGCCAAAGGGUUUGGCAUGCUCUGAGGCCCGUCUCCAAACACACAGCAAAACGGACUCCUUCUCAGAAAGCCCAUCAAACCCUGCCCUGCCCUUCCUUUAUCAGACACAAUCUAAAAGGUGACAAAAGACAGACCAGAGUAUGUUUUGAGUCAAGUCAUGAAAGAGGAGAAAUGGUUCCAAUAGAGCGCUCCAGUAGUUCUUCUACUGUGCCUGCAUCAUCCCACAUCAGUCAGUGUAAGCACAGAGACCUCCUGAUCAAACCCCCCCCUCCCCUCCCCUCUCACACAUCCACAUUAUGUGAAUGUGCAGCAGCAUCCCCGUCUUUUUUUGUACAGAGAGGAUCAUUUUCCUUAUUAUUUAUUUUAAGGUUAAAAUGGGUUAUUUUUCAUGCCUGCCUGUUGUGAUAGCUUCCCUACUUGGGGAAAGGGGGAGGGUUAAUAUUAAACUAUGUACAUUCGGGACAAUAAUAAGUCAAUAUAAACCCCAUUUAUUGAACAAAAAAUGUGUAAAAGUAGACACAGACAGAGAAAAUCUAGUUUUAGAGUAGUCGCAACUACAAAAUCUUGUAUUCGCCACAGAGAAAGAGCUCCCGCUGACCAUUCCACUCACAGCCAUCAGCUAUUGUUUCUACCAAGUCCGUGUUUGAUCAAGGUAAGCCUUUAGAAAGUCAUUUGGUCCAAAAUGGCACAUUAUGAAAUAGCUGUUUUUGUUUCCUCGGGGGGGGGGUGGGGGUGGAGGGAGGAAGGGGCACCACCGCAGGUUAGACUAAAAUCUUGUCAGAGCUGUGUAAGUGCACUUAGACAUUUUCAGAAUGUUUGUUUUUUGGCCACAGGUUGCCAUGAUUGUUUGAAGCAUUUUAUUUCCAUGUCUUCCUGUGUUGACGAUUCUAAAUAAAAACAGUAUUUAUAUAUCAGCGCGGUUGGAUAGACCGUAUUUUGGAGGAAGUACACAUGUAGACCGGUCACUGAUGAUGCUCUCAGAUACAGGCUCUUCUUGUGCCAACCGAUCUAUUCAGUUGAGAGGUGAAACCCCCCCUGAGCACUUUGUGUCGUCUAUUUCUGGCUUAGUCGUGUGUGAAUAGACAGCUCACACUGCAGAGUCUAAUAGAACCCCAGUCUAUCUAUGUGGAGUCAAGAAGGCAGCUUUGGUACCUUGUGAUCUGUAGUCUCUGGCUGUGGUUACACCUGUCAUAUCAUCUUCUGACAACAUGACAUAUGACCUGUCAGGUCUUCGUGUGUGCAGGUUGGUACUGUGAUCGGACGCUGGGCAAGUGAGGAUAGUAGUCUAAGCACAAUCUGAACAAACUGAUUGUUAUGUCAAAGCUGCAAACCCAGGGUCAGUCAAUCCUGAAGCUACUGAGCCUCAGAGAAGCUCCUGAUACGUUCCUACCAGUGUAAAUCUGUGGUUUGAUCUGAUCUCUCUCUGACAUGUGCUCAUGAGGGAUGGGAAAACAACAUUUACAGGAGCAGUGUGUAGGAUUUAGUGCCAUCUAGCUCAGCUUUCAAAUCAGUGAAGUUGUUCCGUACCCGAGUACACUUGCGUCAUAAUCCAGGUGUCUUUGUUUAUGUUGUAAACGUUACUCACAUUUACUAGCAGUCCACUUCCGUAUUUUGGUACGGUUGGCUUUCACACCUGAACCGUACUCGGGUCCACUUGAAAAGGUGGUCUGGAGUACGGUUCAGGUGUGUUCGGAGCGUUCACGCUGAUCAAACGAACUUGACUUUGGGGACAAGUGUACUCUGAUUCGGGCCCGGGUCCCUAAUGUGAAAGCACCCUAAGUUUCAGGUGAUUAUACACUAAUAGUUGUGAAUAAUAUAUCCCAUUACUGCAAAUAGAGCACCCUAAAUUCUACACACUGGUCCUUGAAUGUGCUUGUUCACUAUCUUAUCUGGCAUCAAGUGAGUAAAUGUAAUCUCGAUUGCAUCCAGCUGAGCGUUGCUCAAAGCCUGGAGGAAGGCAGAAAACCAUUAACCUAGCUCUGUUGAACAAACCUUCUCCAUAGCCGUCGCAUUGUCUCUUUUAGUUCAACAUAUGUAGCAAGGCUAGGCUAACUGUGUCCGCCUGCUUCCAGUCUAAACAUAUCCCGAACCUACAUACCUGUGUGCUGAAUUGCAUUGAUACUGAUUGUCUUCUGUGACUCUUUGGGUAGACGGUACUGUGUGGACACAUCACUGUGAUGAGAUUUCUAUUCGGAUCUGUCACAGUCAAUGUGAAUGAAAACAGGUGUAACCACUGUCUAUGGAAAACAAAGAGUGUUUAAUAGCACUUUUCUUGUUCACUAUCAUUAAUUGGAAUAUCAACUGUGAAAUCCUCCUCCCACAGAACAGGCAGAUCUUUUUCAUAGUUCUAUUUUUGUUCAUUUGAACAGGCUGUACCUGUAAAGAACUCGAGUAAUGGCUGCGUGAUGUUCUUGCACACAGGCUUUAUACUUUGACACUGUCAGUGGAGUGCAUUAGGGGCGAGCAUCAGACACCCAAACAGGUUUUAAACACAUCUACAGUUUAACCAAAUUAUUUACACCACUUAUUUGAAAAAUAAAAUGUGAAAUGUCACUUUUAACAGUUUGUUGCAUUGUGCACAUACAGUAGUAGUAGUAGUGAUGACAACGUUCAUAACAGACAAUUUAACUGUAAGCGUAAGAUUUCACUUAGCUAGGCGUAAUAUACAUUAAAUUAAUUCAGUCUUUGAUUCUCACAAACCGUCGCAUGAGGUCGGCACCGGUUACCAUGGUUACACGUCUCCAACCGACAUCGAGUCUCUCAGGAAGUGACAGCGUAAAUUACUGCGUCCCAAAAAGAUAACUGUUAAUUCACACAAAAGUAUGUUGAACAAAAGCACACAUAUUAAGUAUGUUGUGCGUUGUAUGCAAUUUUGGACGAAGCCUGUGUAUAUUAUUAUGUAUAUCAUGCAUGUAUACACACAGCCAACCCUUCUGCAAACGUUGCUACACACUGGUCCUUUAACAUUUACCUUUUGUUUUACUUCUAAAUAAGUGGUUGAGAUAAUUUGGGUAACACUUGUUCGACCCCUCGUUGUUAACUUUGCACACUCCAGUUAAGCUGUCGUAACAGUCCCCCUUCCCUCCCCUCUUCAGAUUUCCUAUUGCAGCAUUUUAACCACAUCUCAUCAUCAGCAAAUGAAGCUGGCUCAGGCGUCAUCACUUGACCUCAGGCGCAAUAUUCAUUUUUACUGAACAGAGCUUGAACGCACCAUACUAUAAGUCAAUUGAACCUCCGUUUAGCCGAGCAGGACUGUGCUGCCCACCGACUUCUAACAGCUAACGUUACUAACUCUCCUCCUGGCGAUUUCAACACCAAUUUGUUGUUUAGUGUCGCAUUAUCAGGGUAAAAAUAGGGUGCAGGUUUAGUAGCAGCAGUUUCUCCGGUCCCAAACAAAGUGAAACAACACACAGCAUAUGGCGUUGCUUCAUUGUGUUUGCAUAACGGUCGGAAAGCAUCAAUCCAGACGAAUCGAUAGUCACGGAGGCAUGAGAUGCCGAUUCUCUAUUCCCAUCCCCGCCUGCCAAAGUGGCGGUGAUGAUUUUACCCGCCACUGCCAACAAUUUACCCGCAUUUGUUGGGUGGCGGGUGCUAAUUUCAGACCCUGCUUGACCUUCAUAUGGAUCUUUAAUCACGGGAUACCAAGUGGUCAUACGUGGGAGGGGGAGAUGGUAACCUCCGUUUCAGUUCAAAGAUGGUCUUUUGGUGUAGAGUGUGAACGUCCUCCUUGAUCUGUUUCGGUUUAAUGUCGAGGAACAUCAAGAGACUGAAUGUGCGAACACUAUCCACUGGGAAGAGGUCAAAGUUCAUGGACCAGGAGUCACUGAACGGCUGGAGAAAGAUCAAGUAGGACAUUCACAUUGGACACAACAGACCAUCUCUUCCCUUAUACAACCACCUCAACGUUAUUUUCUUUGGUUAUUACGCCAGAGCCAGCUCCAUGACAACCGAGCAAACUCCAUCCACCGAUGAAGAGAUGUGGUUCAAACGUUUUUUGCCAAGACCCAGAUUAUUGAAAAAAAAAUACUGUUUUGAUAUAUUAAAAUCUAGUCGGGGACUACAACAGUCACUUGUUCAGAGCAGAUGGGUGUUCUGUGUGUUGUCUUUGGAGAUUGAGAUGCUGGUGUGUAACCAGGUUCCUGCUGUCUUAGUGAUGUAUCCGCAAGAGGACCAUCUAAUUUAGUUUAAACACUGCUCAGCCUGUGAGCGUCAUGGUGCCCACAACAUACCACUAAACCACAGUGCUCAGAGCACAGCCGUACAACAACCCUGAGCCAUUGUUUCUGUUCUUACUUCCUCAUCGUCAUGGUUUCAGACGGACCUGGGCAAAAUGAUGUUGGAGGAUACUUUCUGUUUCUUGUUUUUAAGCCUUCAUUGGAAUCACUUUGGACAGAGUGCCUGGAAAAUGCGGACAAACAGUGGACUGUGUUGGGGAGUCACCACAGCAGCAUACUGUAUGUUUGUGCGAUUCACAACUUAGCGGUAACCUCAAUCAUCUGUGUAGGUUAAAACAAAAGGUUAAGGAUUAAUUUACAACUGUUUAUUGAGCCCAGGUCUGGUUUCAGCUGUUUAACAUUACUCUGUACCUCCGUUUUGUAAUGCUGAAGAUGCCGCUCAUGUGGACGUGUGAAAGGGCUCUAGAGCCUAGUGAAGGUGAACCUGAUCUUGGAAAGGGAAGCAGUUUUCAUCAAUUGGUUUGACUUAACAGUUGCAUUCUAAAAAGAUACAAACUGAUGAAAGGCUAUUCAGUGUUGUGGAAACCUGCUAAAUAAAGAUGACAGCUUUUUUUUCCAACUUG